CACCGCACAGGCACCGCAGCUGCCUUUCCCAGAGGGGACGGUUGGGGAGGGGUCUUCCGGGGGCGGCCCUCGCCUCACCGUCCCUUGCCGCUGCUCCCACAGCCCGCCGGCCGCCCCGCCGGGUGGCGCACCAGAUUCCGCAAGAGAUUCUGUCGGACCCAGCGCUCCAGGCAGCCGUGGCGGCCCUGCCCCACAAUUACAACUUCGAGGUCUACAAGACGGUGUGGCGGAUCCGGCAGGCGCGGGCCAGACGGGUGGCGCUGCAGAUGCCGGAGGGGCUGCUUAUGUUCGCCUGCACCCUCGCGGACAUCAUCGAGAGGUUCACGGACGCGGAAGCCGUUGUGAUGGGUGACGUGACUUAUGGGGCUUGCUGCGUGGACGACUUCACCGCCCGGGCCCUGGGGGCGGACUUCCUGGUCCACUACGGCCACAGCUGCCUGAUUCCCAUCGACGCCACGCAGGGCGUGAAGAUGCUGUACGUCUUCGUGGACGUCAAGAUCGACACGGCCCACGUGGUCGAGACGCUGCGCUUCAACUUCCGCGCGGGGGCCAAGCUGGCGCUGCUCAGCACCGUCCAGUUCGUGUCGGCGCUGCAGGCCGCCAGCCGGGAGCUCCGGCCCGACUUCUCCGUCUGCACCCCGCAGUGCAAGCCCCUCUCCCCCGGCGAAGUGCUCGGCUGCACGGCCCCCCGCCUGGCCCCGGACACCGACGCUGUCGUGUACCUCGGGGACGGGCGCUUCCACCUGGAGUCCAUCAUGAUCGCCAACCCGGGAAUCCCCGCUUACAGGUACGACCCCUACAGCAAGGUCUUCUCACGGGAGCAUUACGCCCACGAGCGCAUGCAGGCGGCUCGCCAGGCAGCCAUCCGCACGGCCGCCCGCGCCCACAAGUGGGGGCUGAUCCUGGGGACCUUGGGGCGCCAGGGGUGCCCAGCCAUCCUGCAGCACUUGGAGUCCAGCCUGCAGGCCGUGGGGCGCCCCUUCGUCCGGCUUCUGCUCUCGGAGAUCUUCCCUGGGAAGCUGCAGCUCUUCUCUGACGUCGAGGCGUGGGUGCAGGUCGCGUGUCCCCGGCUGUCCAUCGACUGGGGGGAGGCCUUUGACAAGCCCCUGCUCACCCCCUACGAGGCGGCCGUGGCGCUGAAGCAGGUGGCGUGGCAGGAGACGUACCCCAUGGACUUCUACGCCGGCCAGUCGCUGGGCCCCUGGACCGUGAACCACGGCAGCCACCGGCCCCGGCGGGCGAGCGGCGCCCGAGAGGUGAGGGGCCGGGCCAGGCCAGGAGCAAGAGCGCCCGGCUGCAAACGGUCCGGGUCGACUGGGCACCGAGACCACGCCUGCCUCUCCCUGGCGCUGGAGAAGGCCCGAGUGGCAGGUCCCGGCCAUGCGCCCGGCGCCACGGGGGAGCAGCACCGCUGGGUGCAGGCCGAGGCCCCGUGCUGUGGCCUGGAAGAGGCCGGCCACGAGCCCGGCAGCCUUGGCUGGGACUCGUCUCGGAGCCCACCCCAGGCCUGGUGGGAACGGCCGGGCACAGCUCUCCGGAUUUCGCCCCGAUGGGCCACCGCAGAAGCGGCACGGACUCCACGCCACGCCACCUGCGGAAUCAACGCCGAGCAGCCCCUCCUGCCCCCCCGUCUGUUGCCGGCAGCGCCAGCCUCGAGGGUCCCCGCUUGCCGGUCGUGA